CCAAACUCUCGAGAACGCCUCUCUCUUCCUCUCUUUUGACUCUGUGUAUUUUUACACUUUAUUUUUCUUUGGUUUCCCUUGUGUGGUUUAAAGUAUGCUCACACAUUCAGGGUAUGCAACAGCUGCCCCAGUCGACGUUUCGUCACAUAGUCAGCAGCCUCAAUCACCGGCAUCACCCCACCCGUCACCGUCCCCCCUGAUUCAUCCCCAUGAGCACACUAAAAAUCCAUCGUAUUGUCAAGUUAAUAAUGCUCCAUCACCACCAUCCCAGGAGCCUCAAAAACCUGCAAUGCAGUCCAUCUCACAAUCCCCGCAAACUUUAUAUCACCAGCUUCCUGCCUCAACUUCUGAAAACACCCUAUCGUCUUAUCACCACCUAGGACAACAACCGGACGAAAGAACAAGCUGGCACUAUUGGCAUCACCUAACCAGCUCUUACGUUAAAAAACCUUCUUUCAAUCUGACCCAUGUGGAGUUGUUAGACACUUUAGGCACUGGUACAUUUGGUAGAGUUUAUCUUGCUCGCCUUAAAAACUCACAAAAGUAUUAUGCUAUGAAGGUUUUAAAGAAACAAGAAGUUGUGCGUCUUAAGCAAGUCGAGCACAUUAAUUCAGAAAAGCAGAUUCUUUCUUAUGUAAAGUUUCCAUUUAUAGUGAACCUCUAUUGCACCUUCCAGGAUGAUCGAAAUUUAUACAUGAUGUUAGAGUACGUCGUUGGUGGAGAACUAUUUUCUCAUCUACGAAGAGCCGGUCGCUUUACUACGGAUAUUACCAGGUUUUAUGCCAGUGAGAUUUUACUGGCAGUUGAAUACUUGCAUUCAAAAGAUAUUAUAUACCGUGAUUUAAAACCAGAGAAUCUGCUGUUGGAUCAUCGAGGUCACAUAAAGAUUACGGAUUUUGGCUUUGCAAAAACUGUACUGGACCGAACAUGGACUUUAUGUGGAACUCCAGAAUAUUUGGCCCCGGAGAUCAUUCAAAGCAAAGGACACGGAAAAGCUGUAGACUGGUGGGCUAUGGGUAUUCUCAUUUUUGAAAUGCUGGCAGGUUAUCCACCAUUCUAUGAUGAUAAUUCAUUUGGCAUAUACGAAAAGAUCUUGGCUGGCAAAGUCAUGUUUCCAGCACAUUUUGAUCCAUACGCUAAAGAUCUUUUGAAGAGAUUACUGGUAGGAGACCGAAGCCGUCGCUUAGGGAAUCUUAAAGGCGGUGCUGAAGAUGUUAAGCGUCACAAGUGGUUUCGUGGUGUUGACUGGUUCGGUUUGCUGGAAAAAAAGGUUCAGGCCCCCAUCGUUCCCCCAUACCGACAUCCUGGAGAUACUUCAAAUUUUGAAAAAUAUCCAAAUGUUGUGGAUGUCGAUCCAAGCCGAAUACCCACCGGUGACCCUUAUGUUCAGUUAUUUUCAGAUUUUUAAUUCUUUAUAUUACUUUCACUUCACCAAUCCACCUUUGAUACCAUCUUCAACCUUUAUUUUCAUAUUGCAUGCCCAUGUACCAUCUACACAAAUAUGAAAGAAAAAACUGCCCAUCCACGCUCGUUUCCUGCAAUAUCUCCUGUUUCUCUCUUUCCCUAUGUAAUUGUUUUCAAACCUUGUUCUCUCUUUUCCUCAGCUGCAUGCAAAGCAAAAGGAUGUUCAUC